CGAAGUCAUUGGCGGGAUUGACAUAUCACGAGCUGCAAGAGAAGGGUGUCACCGGCAAGGGUGGUGUACGCGGCACCUUGCAGCCUCGCAAUCAAAGCGGCCCACUCUUCGCUUCGUCCGCGAAAGGAGGUUCAACUCUUAGCAGUGUGGAGAUGAUCUGCCCGCAGCCGGUUCACGGUGCUCCUCCUCCGCUUCCGGUACCGACCGGGAGCCCCAGUUCUGGCCCCGUGACUUCCUACAGUCUAUUACGCAAC